GCCCGGCUGCGCGCGGCGUGGGCGGUGCCCUGGCGCGAAGGCUGUGGUUGUGGUUGAGAUUCCGCCACCUGCCGGGGCUGGGUCUUCAGAGGUCUGUGCUGCCGGGCGCUUGGGAGGGAGCACGGCGACGGUUCGGGGUCCUCUUCCGCCCCUCCUCGACUCCAGCCUCGGACCCGGUGGUGGCUGAAUACGUUCCGUCCCCGUAGAAGGCAAACCCUAUGGCACACCGUCGAGGCUCCCAGCAUUUGGCACUUGAUUUGUUCGGGGAAAAUGUGUCGGUGCAGCAGGAGGUGGUAUUUUCGGGGAUGAAACAACUCGAGGUGAUAUCACAAGUGUAUUGACACGCUAAGUUCGUGUCUGGACUUUUAUCCAUGGCAUUUCAGUGUGGAGUUUGCGCGCCCGGGCUCCUGGCAUAGGGCCGUGAAUCAGGGCCAAGUCGGAACGUAGAAAAAGUUGAGCCCCCUCGCAGCCAGCCACCCGGGAGCAGGAGCAGCCGGCCUUUGGAGGGCACGGUCUCCUGGAGUGAUGCCAGUCCCAAAGGCCCUCACUUCCACCCGGUCCCGGAUAUAUGUAACUAUAUAGAAGUAAAAUGAGCACGCGUGACCAUACCACCCAGUUGAGAGAGAGAAAAUUGCCAAUCCUCCUGUGGCGGACAGUGUGCUCCUAUUUAGCCCUGCUCCCAGCCUUCCACUCUUAGAGUUCCAGCCCUUCUCUGAGAGGCCAUCUAAGUGAUGGCAGCCGUGCUCCUGACAGCUUGGCCCCAGAAGUUGGUGACCUUUGAGGAUGUGGCAGUGUACUUCACUCAGACGGAAUGGGAUGACCUGUCUCCUGCACAGAGGGCCCUGUACAGGGAUGUGAUGCUGGAGAAUUACGGGAAUGUGGCCUCCCUGGGUUUUCCGCUUCUCAAACCUGCUGUGAUCUCACAUCUGGAGGGAGGAGGUGAUCUGGGGGGCCCAUUUCCACUAGCUACUGGGACAGAAAUAGGCUCCCAGGGCCUCUGGACUGUAGAUAUUGAUAUCCAGACUGGUAAUUACUUGACAAAGGAAAUGUGCAAAGAAAAAGAUAGUGUAUCAUUUGAACUUCAGAGGGACUUUUCCCAUGAAACAGACUUUUCAGAAACCUAUAUGCUAGAGAAACAACAGGAAGCUGCAGGAAGUGUGAAGGAGGAAAACAGUAGCAUUGUUGAUGGAACAGUGGAAGGUGAAACAGGCACCAAGGAGGAGUGUUUCUCUAGUCAUAGUCUAAACCUGCAUCAGUGUCAUAUCACCUCCACUGGAGAGCAGCCCCCUGAGUGUACAGGACGGGAGAAAGCCUUCCAUUGUGAUACAAAACUUAAUAAGCAUGAAAUAAUUACUACUGGAGAAAGACCUAUAAAAUGUGAAGAAUUAGUGGGAACCUAUAGGUGUGACUCUCAACUUAAUCACCAUCAAGAAAGCCACGGUAGGGAGAAUUUGUAUCAGUGUACAGAGUGUGGCAAAGCCUUCAGCAUUAAUGCAAAAUUAAUUUGGCAUCAAAAACUUCAUGGUGGGCAGAAACCCUUCAGAUGUGUGGAGUGUGGGAAAAGCUUCAGCUACAGUUCCCAUUACAUCACACAUCAGACAAUCCACAGUGGGGAGAAGCCCUAUCAGUGUCAGGUGUGUGGGAAAGCCUUCCGUGUCAAUGGAAGUCUAAGCAGGCAUCAGAGAGUCCACACAGGAGAGAAGCCCUAUCAGUGCAAGGAGUGUGGAAAUGGUUUCAGCUGCAGUUCUGCAUAUAUUACUCAUCAAAGAGUCCACACUGGGGAGAAACCUUAUGAAUGUAAUGACUGUGGGAAGGCUUUCAAUGUGAAUGCAAAAUUAAUUCAGCAUCAGAGAAUCCACACUGGAGAGAAGCCUUAUAAAUGUACUGAAUGUGGGAAAGGCUUCAGGUGUAGCUCCCAACUUCGGCAGCAUCAGAGCAUUCACAAUGGAGAGAAGCCCUUUCAGUGUAAGGAAUGUGGGAAAGCCUUCAGUAAUAAUGCUAAACUCAUUCAACAUGGAAGAAUCCACACAGGUGAAAAACCCUUUGAGUGCAGUGAAUGUAGAAAAGCCUUUAGUGUGAAGGGGAAGUUAAUCCAGCACCAGAGAAUUCACACAGGUGAGAAGCCUUAUGAGUGUAAUGAAUGUGGUAAAGCCUUCAGGUGUAACUCCCAGCUUCGGCAGCAUCUGAGAAUCCACACUGGGGAGAAGCCCUACAAGUGUAGUGAAUGUGGAAAGGCCUUCAAUGUUAAUGCAAAACUAAUACAGCAUCAAAGAGUUCACACUGGGGAGAAACCCUUUGAAUGUACAGAGUGUGGGAAAUGCUUUACUUCCAAAAGAAACUUACUUGAUCACCACCGAAUCCAUACUGGAGAAAAGCCUUAUCAGUGUAAGGAAUGUGGGAAAGCCUUCAGCAUCAAUGCCAAAUUCAUUCGACAUCAGAGAAUACACACAGGGGAGAAACCUUUCAAGUGUAUGGAAUGUGAAAAAGCAUUUAGCUGUAGUUCUGACUACAUUGUGCACCAGAGAAUCCAUACUGGAGAGAAACCCUUUCAGUGUAAGGAAUGUGGAAAGGCCUUCCAUGUUAAUGCCCACUUAAUUCGACAUCAGAAAAGUCACACUGGGGAGAAACCCUUUAGGUGUGUGGAAUGUGGCAAAGGCUUUAGCUAUAGUUCAGACUGUAUUAUACACCAGACUGUCCACACUUGGAAGAAAUCCUAUGUGUGUAAUGUGUGUGGGAGAGCCUUCAGGUUUAAUUUUCAACUUAGUCAGCAUCAGAGUGUCCACAGUGAAGUAAAAUCCUAAUAGUGAAAAGAAUUUAGAAAACUCAAGAUUAAUGUCAAAAUGGAUCAAGUUUCAUCAAAUUUGCCUUGUUGGAAACAAGAGGGUAAUUAAUAUGGUGGAGUCUUCACAUGGAAAUAAACCUUUUUGUUUUACUCAAUUUUCAA